AUGUGGAUGAUGGGUUAUAAUGAUGGUGGUGACUUCAACGUACCAGAUUCUUUCAAUGGCAGCAGGAAGCUUAGGCCUCUAGUUCCAAGGCCAAUACCCUCUACAAACAACACUUCAACUGCCUCUAGUCCCCCUUGCCUUGGCAGCCGUCUUCAUAGCACCGAUUUCUUUGCACUAAAUCAGUAUCACCUGGCAAGUAUGGCUGAUCAAAGCAAAAGAGAUUUCAACACACAGCCAGUGGUAAUGAGCUCGAGAUGGAAUCCGACACCAGAACAGUUAAGAACUCUGGAAGAUUUGUAUCGAAGAGGGACCAGAACACCAUCAACCGACCAAAUUCAAGACAUAACUGCACAGCUUCGUAGAUAUGGAAGGAUUGAAGGAAAGAAUGUGUUUUACUGGUUUCAAAACCACAAGGCAAGAGAACGGCAAAAGCGUCGACGUCAAAUGGAAUCUGAUUCUCUUGAUGAUCAUCAGCAACAUGGACAUGGUAUGGAAAUGUUUGAAAGGAAAGAAUCAGAGGCAAGUAGGACAGGUUAUGAAGGUGAACAAACCAAGAACUGGGCUCCCCCUACAAACUGCAGUACACUAUCAGAGGAAUCUGUUUCAAUAUCAAUGGCAACCAAAGCAGCAAUGGCAGAGUACUGUAGACCAGAUGGAUGGAUCCAAUUCGAUGAAGGAGAAUUACAGCAUAGAAGAAACUUUAUAGAAAGGAAUGCCACGUGGGAGAUGAUGCAGCUGUCUUGUCCAUCUCCCACCCACCUAAUAAACACCAUCUCUAGUGCUGCUAGUACAUCUAUAGCUACUUCAACUACGUCAACACAAGGAGCAGCAACAGUAAGAGCAAUGGACCCAACCAAGCUCAUUAAGGCUCAUGACCUCAACGUCUUUAUAUCACCUUACAGAGAGAAUUGGCAUCAUGGAGCCCGUAAUAUUAACCACUUCAGUAACAGUGUCAUCAAUGAAUUAGGAGAUGCAUGCAGAGGUGGUACUGGGGAAUCUCAAACCCUUCAACUGUUUCCUCUUCGUAGUGGCAGUGACGGCAACAAUAAUAUUGAAAGCAUUAACAACAGAGAGGCUGAGGUAUCAGUUUCUGCUGCCGAAGCUUUGAACGCUAACAACUUCCCUCCUAGCCAGUUUUUUGAGUUCCUUCCACUGAAGAACUAA